UUGGUUUCAUUAUUAGUCUCGCAGAUAUAUGUACCUAAAAUCAAAGAUCACCAAAUAGGCAAAAUAUUUGUAACGUGAAAUUAGAAAAAUGAAUUUUUUGUUUUUUUUUUCUUAAAUAAUUCGAAAGAAUUUAUUUACAGCAAUUACAACUAGCACUACUACUAUGACAACAAAAGUGUGUCGUGAACUUUGGACGUAUCUGUUUGUAUAACGUUGACUACUGUCGGUGUCUGAUUUAUUCGACAGUUUAUCUCUAUUAUGAUGGCAGCUAAUAUUAUUACUAAGGUUCUUAGAAGUAGUCGUCGGUGUGGUGUUCAAUAUUUGCGUCCAUAUUCAAAUGCAGGAGUCAAUUUUUUACUUACUGAAGAUCAGAAAGAUAUGCAGCAACUUGCUCGCAAGUUUGCCCGGGAAGAAAUUAUACCAGUUGCAGCACAUCAUGACAAAACUGGAGAAUAUCCUUGGGAUAUCAUAAAGAAAGUAUUUGAUAUUGGCCUUAUAAAUACACACAUUCCUAAAGAGUAUGGUGGUUUGGGUUUAGGAAUAACAGAUGCUUGUAUUACAACGGAAGAAUUAGCUUAUGCAUGUACAGGUAUCCAAACUGCAAUUGAAGCAAAUUCCCUUGGGCAAGUACCAGUAAUUUUAGCAGGAAAUGAUGCCCAAAAGAAGAAAUAUCUUGGACGAAUGCUAGAAGAGCUACUGAUGUGUGCUUAUUGUGUGACUGAACCAGGUGCUGGCUCUGAUGUUGCUGGUCUCAAAACAAAAGCUGUAAAGAAAGGCAAUGAAUAUGUGAUCAAUGGUCAAAAAAUGUGGAUAACAAAUGGAGGUGUUGCUAAUUGGUAUUUUUUGUUGGCACGAACAGAUCCAGACCCCAAAACACCAGCCGGUAAAGCUUUUACUGGUUUCAUUAUAGAUGCGGAUACACCUGGAAUAAUAAAAGGCAGAAAGGAAUGGAAUAUGGGACAAAGAGCAUCAGACACCAGAGGUAUCACAUUUGAAGAUGUUGUUGUUCCUGCUGAGAAUGUUCUUGGUGCAGAAGGUAUUGGUUUUAAGAUUGCAAUGGGCGCUUUCGACAAGACACGACCUGCAGUGGCAUCAGGAGCUUGUGGGUUAGCACAAAGAGCCUUUGAUGAAGCUACAAAAUAUUCAAUGGAGAGAAAAACCAUGGGGCAACCCAUUUGUUCACACCAAGCUGUUGCCUUUAUGUUGGCUGAUAUGGCAAUUGGAAUUGAAUCAGCACGACUGAUGAUGUAUAAAUCUGCUUGGGAAAUUGACAAUGGUAUCCGAAAUACUUACAAUGCUUCAAUUGCCAAAUGUCUGGCCGGAGAUGUUGCAAAUAAAUGUACAACUGAUGCUGUACAGAUAUUUGGUGGAAAUGGUUUCAACAGCGAUUAUCCAGUUGAAAAACUAAUGAGAGAUGCUAAGAUUUACCAGAUUUAUGAGGGUACAGCUCAAAUUCAAAGACUAAUUAUAGCAAGAGAACUUUUAAGUCGAGCCAAGAAGAACAUGUAAUGUUUGAUAUCCUUGGAUAAAACACUUCAGUCUGAAUGAUAUUGCUGUCUUCAUUUAUAACAUAGUACAUUAACAGAAGUUGAUUGAGAUGUAGGAUUUUUUCAUAAAAAAAUAAUCACCAUUAAAUAAGAGCUAAAAUUAUUUACUAUGAAAUAGAUGCAAACACCUGCAACCCAUAAAAUUAUAUUGUUCUACAAUAAUUAGUUACAAACUCAUUGUUGCCAAUGGUAAUAUUAGCUGUAUUGAUUAAUUUUUAUCAUCAGAUAAAUGUAUCUUUUUGAUUUUAUUUUCAAUUUUUAUUUUUUAUGUGAAGAUAACAAUAUAUUAACUAAUUUUUAUUUCCAAAUCUUACUUUUUAUUAUAAAUUAAGUUAUGUAAUUAGAGUUUUACUUCCUAGUUUUAAGGUAGUCUUAAUUUUUAAUUUUCUUUUCUUUUACUUAUUGCUGCUAUUAAGAAGUGAUGAAACUUUUUUCAGUUUCAUGGCAUUGUUGAGAGAUAUUACUUACUCUGAGUAGGAUACCAUCUUUUGCUACUUUUGCCCAUAUAAGGAUAUAUAUUUUAAAGUAACAAUUAAUUUUGCCAUGAGCUGUGCUUCCUUGUGGAAUCUAUUAGCAGAUUAAAGGACUAAGAUAUUGAGCAUUUGAGGACUGAGAUAUUGAGCAUUUAUUUAAGUUUCAUUUAAAUUUAUCUUUCAUAUGCUUGGUAUACAGUAAUCAUGUAUAGGCUACCCUGACCUAACAUUACUGUAACUAUUUUAAUUACCUCUACAUUAACUUUUUAACUAUUUUAACACUAAAAACUAUUCAACCAUAUCGUAAAUAUAUAUCUAUUAUAUACAGUAAGUGCUGGAGAACAAUAGUGAUGAAAUAAUGCUAAACUAGGAAUUAAUCAAGAAGAAUCAGUUUAACUAAAUUAUCUACACCUAUUUCAUCCAGAUAUCACAAUCAUGUUUGAAAGAGUAUUUUCAAGUCAGGGUGUAUAUGAGUAGAAUCUUUUCUUUAUAAAAUAAGAAAUUCAGAAGGCACAAUUGUAUAGAGAGAAUAUUAGAAGAAAACCAAAAGUAGAUGCCAAUUCCUUGGGCAUAUAUGUUCAAAAUGUUUUGGACAUUUUCAAGGAUUUUAAAAGCCGUUCAUUUCUUUUAAAAAUUAGAUUUGUCUAUUUCAUUAUAAAUGUUUUUAUAAUAUUAAAUGCAAUAAAUAAUUAUAUUUUCAUGCA